GAACUGUGUGUGUUGUGAGCUCUGUGUGUCCGGCAGCGGAGUAAUUAGACGCUCAAGAGUUCUUCUAGUGGAAAAGAGAUUGGUGGUGGCAAAAAAAAGGUGUUUUCUCGUUCGUUCGUUCGAUCGUGCCAGACGACACAACAGUGUGAUCGGCGUGGAUAUGACAUUGAUUUUGUGGUGAAAAUAAUCAGAGAAUGACGAAGGCCACAGAUCAAGCUGACUAACGCCGAAGAAAAAAAUUGCAACAUUGGAACGGGAGACAGAAGCCAUACGGGCAAAGCCAACGGCUUGGACAAAUUAACUUCACAGACAAGACACACAAAAGGAGGAGGAGAAGAAGCUCAAAGCAAAAGAUGUCAUCGUCCGUACGGGCCGAGUUCAUGAGCCGGCCCGGUCGCCACGUCGCUCCCAGCAUGCAACCACAACAUGGUCAACACCGUGAUAAGGGCCGGCCCCUUAGUCAGCACUCUAACGGUGAAGACGGACAACAAUCUGCUACGGCCAAGAGUGUCGUCGGAGCCAAAGUCUCUCAGCUUGCCCACCUCUUUCAGAGUCGUUCCAAAGAAGACGUUGCAGCUGCCGUUCCACCCGUGUCUCCCACCUCUUCCAUCCCGCUCACCGUUGCCGCUCCGCCGAUUGCAGUCGGCCGCACGAAACCGUCCAGCCGCAGCGAAACCGACAAGGAAACGACUCAUCAAGACGGUCCCAGUCUUGGUCCGACUGUCGUGCGGACAGAAAGCCAAUUGGCCAGGUUCAAUACUGCCCGUGCUCUGUUUGAAAAGCUGGGCUUUGAAGACAAGAAAGACCCUUGCAAAGGCAUCGAAAAGAGUCAUAGCGGACGGUCGAGCCGUGUCGGCAGUGAAAGUUCCAGACAUUCGCACUACUCGUCUCGUUCGCCAUCGCCUCUGGCAACGGAACGACACCAAUCGGCUCCUGGGAUCCGAUCGGGACGGUCUCCAUCGCCCAGCAACGCACCGGUUCCAGAUCGCAACCGAGGCAGCUCAGUCGAUGCGUUGCGCUCCGCUCGGACGGAACGGAAACACACCAACGGGCACGAACCCAAAAUGGAAACCGUUCAAGUGCAAGUGGUGGGCAAAUUAAAUCCGCCGGCCAGCAAGCCCGAACUGCCGGCCAAGACGGAUAAGGCUCGAAUUUCCAGUAAAGAGCUCAUCGAGAAGCAGAAAAACUGGAUCCAGCAUUUCAAAGGCAGCUCCAAACCGACCCUGCAAGCCAAGCCGGCCCUCAACCCGGAGGCCAUCAACCGCAUUAACAGCGAAAAGAAAGGCCCGCCCCCUACCAACAUAUCCAUCAAUAAUGAGAAAGAAACGUGGGCCAAAGAACGGACGGGACUGCUGUCCGGAUGGAUGGCAUCGCCAUCUGUUCCAGUAUCGCCUCCAGCUAACAAAGAGACGGGAAAAGAGAGCUCGUACUUCCUAUCGGCCCGUCAGCGCUUUGAGGCGCAAACGAAGCUGACAACUACCUCGAACCGGACCAACCAGUCGGCCGACAAUCUCAACGAAUCGUUUGAAACGCGGAGUAACAACAGCGGCAGUUCGGCCCGCACCGAACUCAACGAGACGGCCAGUCUUAAUCAAUCGUUUCGAUCGAGCGAAACGCCCGUCCAAUGCGAACUGGAAAAAGAGGAUUGCCCUUCGAAAAAUGGCGCUGAUUUGCUCAGCACGGACAGCGGCAUCGUCGUGCUGGACAAAAUUCCAGCCACAACCGAGACGCUCAUCGAAGAAGCGCUGGACCGAAUCGAUUGCGAGAAGCCCGUCUCUCCUCCGGCUGAGCCCAUUUCUCAGCCGGACAAGACGGUCUCGCUCAACAGCAGUCUCCAGGAGAGCGAGGAAGUCUUUUACGACAAUUCAGUGACCAGCGCCCGGUUCGACGAGUGGCAAUUGCGGACGCCGACCCAACUGGACGACUCGCCCGUCUUCAAGAGCGCCACUCUGGAUUUCGACGCUCUCGUCUCGGAUGGUGACGAAGCCAAACAACUGGAACCCGACGACGAGGAGCUCUUCCGCACUAGCUCCGAAAUGUCGGAAACGGAUCUGUCGCCGCUCAGCAGUCCACCGCCGGAAUUCCGCAAAGAAAUCAGUCCAGCACCUCCUAUUGUCGUGCAGACGGACAUUGUUGAAGAGGCAGCACUUGACGUGGUGGAGGCAGUUGAAGGUGGACGUUACGUCCUCCAGCUGGAAGGAUUUUCUGAUUUAUUAGAAUCAUCUGACGACGCUGCCAUUGAUAGUCUGGAGCCGGAAUUGAUCGAAAUUGAUACGAGUCACGAUCAGUCGCAUCCGGAAUUGGAAGAGAGUCAACCGACGGAAGUGACUGUCGUUCAACAGCUUCCGUCUAACGAGCCGGAUGAGGUAGUCGAAGAUAACGAGAUCUACCUCCGCCGGCCCGAAUUCCGGGUCGACGUUGAUUCGUCCAGUAUCGAUUCCGACGAACUGCUAAUGACAUCCGAUGAGGCUGAUAGUCUUUUGAGUUCCAGAUCGGGCCAGACGGCGACCAACGCCCAUGAAAGCGAGUCCGUCUCGUUAGAGCCGGACAGUCUGGAACCGGCGCCGGUCAGCGCCGGUCCACAGAAUAUGGGCAAUGCCAAGAGCAAAUCGCCAACGUUAGAAGACAUCGAAGAAGUUUCAGUGAACAACGUGACUCUUGUCGUGUCCGGUGCCUCCAUUUUGGAUCAACUGGCCCAAGACGUGCCAUUUGCAGACGACGAAUCGUGGCAGGCCCAGUCAGAGCCCGAAAAACAAGAUGAAACGGACAAGGCAAUUCCUGUGGACGAUGCGACAGUAGCGGCACCUUACGUCGAUGAAGACGGCGUUCAUUAUCUGCAAGACGGACAUUAUUGGCUGGAAAUGCCCGGCUUACCACCAGCCGAAGAGCCGUCCGUUCCUCUCAUCGUAACCAACGGCGAAGCCGAGCCCAGGCCUCGCAACAUUCGCGUCCGCUUCACCACAGAUCCCAUUCGAGUGUACAGCACAUUUUCCGUCAACGAUUACGACAGACGCAACGAAGAUGUCGACCCUGUUGCCGCAUCGGCCGAAUACGAGCUGGAAAAACGAGUGGAAAAGAUGGACGUGUUCCCCGUCGAAUUGAUUAAAGGACCCGAAGGUUUAGGUCUCAGCAUCAUCGGAAUGGGUGUAGGAGCCGAUGCUGGAUUAGAGAAGCUGGGCAUCUUUGUUAAGACAAUUACAGAGGGCGGAGCAGCUGCCCGCGAUGGUCUCAUCCAAGUGAACGACCAAAUUAUUCAGGUAGACGGGCAAUCGCUCGUUGGCGUCACGCAAGCCUACGCCGCUUCCGUCCUACGAAACACGUCCGGCCUUGUCCAGUUUCUCAUUGGCCGCGAAAACGAUCCGCAAAACAGCGAAGUGGCCCAACUUAUCCGCCAAUCCGUCCAGGCUGACCGUGAAAGGGAAGAUCGUCGUCGAGCCAUGGAAGCAGAAUUGACUCGACAUUUCAUGAACAACGUGGCGGAAGAGCCGGACAUGAGUUCCGGAGCUGGGCCACCUCCUUACGUUAGCGCUCCGCCUUCGUAUCACAGUAGCAAUAGUGCUCCAGCCUCUCUCGCUUCCAGCCAAUCCACUCCAGCCUUACCAGAUGUUCCAGCCAAUUCGAUCCCUGCUGUAUUGAAUGCUCAGGAGGAAAGCGUUCAGGCUCUCCAGCAAAAGCUCAAAGAGGCUGUGACCCGUUCCGUCAAAGCGGAGAGUGAACUGCUCAGUUUGAAAAAGAGGCUGACAGAAUUAGAAGCCAAUAGUCGCCACCAGGAGGCCGAGUCCAACAGCAAUGUAAGGGAAUACGAACGAGCCUUAACUGGUGUCCAGCAAGAAGUCACUGCCUAUCAAUCCGUCCUGGCCCAAACUCAGAAUCAAUACAGCUCGUUAGAGGAGAAAUAUAAUAAAGCAAAACAGAUGAUUAACGGAAUGCAGGAGCGCGAGCGCGAAGUGCUCCUGAAAGUCAGACAUCGUGAGGCCGGCUUCCACACGCUCCUGCAGGCUCUGCAGCACCGUAUGCAGCUGCUGGAGCUUCAUUUGGUUGAAGCCCAGAGAGCCGCUGGUUUGCCCGUCUCCAUCCCUCCGCCGCCACCCAAUUUGGGAGGCCUCCUCUCGGUCGGCUUUGUAGAGUCGACCCUGAGCGACGUCGCAGAUCUGGCGGUUCUCGAUACGAGUCAGACCGAUUCCUCCUUGGCCGUCGAGCUCAAGGAAGAGCUGGACAGGGUCAUUCCACCGCACGAGCCGCUGGACACAUCAGCUGCCCGCGGCCGAGCCGAGCUGGCCUCUCGUGGCGGCAUGGCUCUACGUCAAUCUCCGUCUCAAGGACUUCUUCGACGGUCUGGUGGCGUUGGAGGAGGUGCUAGCAUGUCGUCGACGUCCUCCUUAGAGCACAGUUACAUCGAAGAAUCCUCUAGACUGGACGCUGAUUCCAUGACUGAAUCGACGGGCCACAACCGUUCUCAAGAGUCGAUCCAGUUCCACGAAGCCUUCUUUGCCUCCACGACAUCCGCCACGACCAGCACGGGUCGAACGGUUGGCACAACCCGAUCGCAGCAGCAAGUCUAUUCGAGUAGUUCGCAACAACAAUAUUACCAACAACAACAAGAAACGACGCAACAACAAAUUCAACAACAACAGCUAUUACAGUUUCAACAACAACAGAUCCAACAACAGCAAAUACAGCAACAGCAAAUGCAACAACAACAGAUCCAACAACAGCAAAUCCAACAACAGCAAAUGCAACAACAACGUCACUAUCACACGGCCACUGUGUCCACCGUCAAGGCCGAAGAGCUCCAUCAGUCCACAACGACGUAUUACCAACAGGAGCAUCAGCAUUUCGCUACGACCAAUAGCAGCACAACUGCCAGCGGCGGGUACGCCAAUGUUCAGCAACACUCUCAGCCGCCCCGAUCGCUGCCCCAACAGCACGUCAACGAGCAAUUGAAACAGCUGUUGGCCGAACGGGAAUUCUUGAGAGAGCAUUCCAACGUUAAUGCUGGUGGCGUGGAACCUGCCGUUCCGAUCCGACUCCAGCCGGCUACAUCGUCCAACCGCAGCAUGGGCAGAUCAGCCCCAACAGAACAAAGACCUGCCCCACCGCCCCAUCAACCCAAUGUUUUUUAUCCAGUCGGGUCGGGUCAAGACGCCCGACCCGCCCUCGAUCCUCAAAUGAGAGGCUCCAUGCGUUCCAAUCCGGUUAGCACUGCUGUCACACCAGAUGGCACGUCAGUCGUGCGGAGUAACAGCGCCAGUGGCAUGACGGACUCGUUGACGUCAUCGAUCGUCUCCAUUUCAUCCAAUUCGUCCGCUCACACGCCGUUCCAUCAAUCACCCGUUUCCGAGUGGAACGUCGAAAACGUCGGCAAUUGGCUCCGAUCUAUUGGAUUGGAAACGUACACUGUCCAUUUUGCAGCUAAUGGAGUGCGAGGCGAAGAGCUGUUGACUAUGGAGUCGCCCAGGAUCAAGUUACUAGUGCCGCAGGCGGCCGAACGAGCCCGACUCAAGCACCGACUCAAGGAGCUACGAGCGGCCGCUGAUAAAGACAAACGCAACCGCGAGCGGGAGCGCAAAGAGAGGGAGAAACUUCAGCGGAAAGCCGAAAAACUGGCAGAGAAAGCUUCCAGGAAGAAGUAAAUCGAUUGGCAAAUGACCAACACGACAUCUGCAUUCCACAGCUGAUACUUAAAUAAUUAAAAAAAUGGGGCAGCUGCCAGUAUUUAAAAAAACAAUUACUAUUUGCUUGUUAUUUUUCAACAAAUUGAACAUGAAUCUUUAUGUUGUUUUUUUUUCAUUUUCUAUAAAUGAUGUACGUAUGUAGUUGGAAUGAAUCAAAUGUUUGUUCAAAAGCUAGCGAGAUUAUUGCCAUGAUCUCCGCCUACCUACUUUACUAGAUCGGUGUGUGUGUGUGUGUGCGCCUCACCCACCUUAUCACGUGCAAAUAAUUUGUAUAGUGUUUGUUUGUUUUUUUCUUGCUACUCUUCAUUUUUUAUCACUUUUCUUUGUGCUUCGUGUCUUACUCUCUUUUCUGAAUAACCAUGUUCGCAUUUCGUACGAAAAAAAAACAGAACUCUUUCACCUAAUCCGUGACUCGUUCAAGAUCAAAACCCGGAUGAGUUUUCAUUUUGAAUUCGAAAUCUUUUUUUUUUUUUUGCCUUUUUGUUUCCUGCCCUUUUUGUAUUAUUUACAUUGUAGCUGUGUUUUUUUUUUUAAAUGUGUGUAUGAUUGCAAUUCUCUGCUCUCUGUACCCUCAUACCAAUCUCUCUCUUUAUGACUCUCUUAACUUUUAAAAAUGGAAAAAAAAGAAUUGUACAAUUGGCAUUCAGUGACGUUGUAAUAAAUGAAAAAGGUAUUUUAUGCAA